AUGAACGACCCCACAGUCAAAGUCAUUCGUAUCCCACUCGAUCUGCUGCGACACCCAUCCAUCGACAUUACAAAGCACACCGCCGUCCUACAUAUGCAGGCCACGACUGGCGGAAUCCCCAUCCCCACCCCACCAGACGUGUUUGCUGCCGUCUUUGCAUUCCUGCUCGAUGUCAAGUUCCGCACGACGAGUAACCCCAACACCAAGCUGAACCACCCCGCCGUGGCUGAACGGGCCAACAAGCUGCUGGAGGAGCUGUAUGUGUUUAGCAUCUCGCGUCCAUUCCAGGCCUCCAUUGACAAGAACCGCCAGGCCGAGGUCACGCAGAUCAACAUCCUCACCAGCGAGGUCAACAUGCUUACCAACGAGGUCGACACCCUCAAAGCCCAGCUUGCCUCGCAGAUGGAACACCUGGCCGCCGCCCUCCCGCUCAGUGCCAAAAGUGGUGGUGGUGGUGGUGGUGGUGUGUGCCAGCCCACGCCUCCUUCGCCGGCAACGCUCGAGGCCCCGCCUUCCCCGCCUGGCUCGAUCCUGCUGCACCGUCCGUCGCCCUCGCCACCGUCGCGUCUGCCAGCCCAGAACGUCCGUUUCAAGUCUUGA